AUGGAGGGACUGACUCUGACCCUCCUGCUGCUGUGUCUGUCUGGGACUCUCAGUGAAGAUGCUGGAGAAGACAACCUGAAUGACAUCAUGGUACAGAUUCAGCCUGAACAGGGACAGGACAUAGAAAGUGAAGUUCUUCUCAAACAGAACCAAGCACCAUCCCUAGCCGAGACAAAUGGUAGCUGCCAGCCGGAAAUGUGUAACCUUCUUAGGCAUCUGGGAGCCAUGGAGGCCAGACUGACCACCGCAGAGAACCAAGUGGAAGAACUGAGUAACAUGAAGGCUACUGUUACUCUUCUACAGAGAGAGACUGAAGGUAAUCUAAAUCAAAUAACUUACUUUUUUGGUUAAUCUAUUAAAAUCUUCCGAAUAAGAAAUAACAGACUAACAACUAAGAUUAUGAGUUAGGCUGUUUCACAAGGUUUGAAUCCUAAUCAACCUGCCUACAUGUUGUUUGAAGUACAGUAGGCCAACAUAGCAUCAACCUGCCUACAUGUUGUUUGAAGUACAGUAGGCCAACAUAGCUACCAGUAGUAGGUCAAAACUGUGUGCUGGAAAACCUUGGUAGAGCAUGGGUGUACUUAUAGGCCUUGUGGUGCUCAUGUGAAUUUCCUUUUUUUCUGUCUUCAGUCCUGCCUAAUGUAACUCACUUAAGACCUUUUUUGUGUUUAAUAGUUCAAGCAGCCGAGCUCAGAGCCAUGGAGACCAAGCUGAGCACUAGUGAGAGCCUGAUGAAGAGCAUGAAGAGAGAGAAUGAAGGUGAUUUACAUUUUGUAUUCUGUCUGAAUUGGUACAGUAACUAUGGUGUGAAGUGACAUCAUCGCUAAGAUCAACAAAUAAUAGUUUGUCUGUUUUUGGUCAUAUAUUUGUUCAAAUUUCUCUUCCAGUACAGGAGAGGAAGCUUCAAGUAUUGUCAUUUAGAGCCAAUGCCACUGAGUUCAGAGUGGAGCAACAACAAAUCCUGCUUGACGAACUGAGGAGACAGAAUGAAGGUAGAUAAUGUUAAGUAGCCAAUAAUUACAAUGUGGUUAACAAAUAGAUUUAGCCGAAACUACCGGAAAACAGUGUGUGAGACCAUAUACAUACCCUGUUCUUCAUUCUGCAUCAUAGUUUUAAAUAACCAAAUAGAUUCCCAGACAUAGAUAAACCUAGUCUUGGACUGUAAAGCGCUGUCAAUUUGAAAGAAUUCCAUUGAGAAUGCUUUUUAUUCCAGGACUAGGCUUAAUCUGUGUCUGGUAAAUCGGCCCAAAGAGUUAAAUUCACAUUGACCCUGGCUGCCUCUCUAACCCUUACAGAUGUAGGAUCUUAAUUUGAGCCAGUUUGCUACAGCAGGAAAAUAAUCCUGCAGCAACAGAAAAUGUAAAUUAUUAUGUGGAUUAUUAUGAAUGGAGAUUUUUGAAGGGGUUGAUACAUUUUUCAUAAGGGAAAGUCCAGUCUGAAAUUUCAAAGUGGAAAUUACAAACUUCAGAAGUCUUUUUAAUCCUCAAAUACACUACAGUGUUCAAAUACACUACAAAGUUAUCCUGCAACAGGGUGAUCAAAUUAAGAUCCUACAUCUGUACUAUUUCUCAUAGACAGACCAAAGAUUGCAUUUUCGGCAGCACUAGGAGGAGAUGGCCACAUACCGCCCUCUGAGAGAGAGACCAACUUGGCGUUCAGCAAUGUCUUCACAAACGUUGGCGAUGCCUACAACCCUGCAUCAGGUAAAGAGUUGGAAGAUACUAUGGAAGAACUAUGAGAGUGGUUUGGUCCCAAUAAUCUCUCCUUCCUCCUGAAGUGUCCACUCGUUCACUACUCCCCACAAAGUUAAAAGGGUGAAUGAUCAAUCUAAAAGGCUCAGUAACAAAGUAGUCAUAUCUAUUGAACAUAUUGAUGUACAGUAUAAUGCAUGUUUCUUGCUUUAGUUGCUUUUGAUCUCUCCUCUGAUAAGGGCGUCUUCAAUGCAUUUAUAAGAUUAUAGUACAUAUCUCUCCCUGCUAUUCCUCCACAGGUGUCUUCAAUGCCCCAGUGAAAGGAGUCUACUACUUCAGCUUCUCAUCAUUUGCCAAUAGUCAGCACAACGUCUGUGUAAGUCUGUUUAAGAAUAAUUUGCGCAUGUUGUCUGCGUGUGAUCAUCAUUCAGAGCAUGAUAGAACUGACAGCUCGGGUAAUGGAGGGACACUACAUCUAGAACAGGGAGACCAU